GAGGAACAGCUGUGCAGUGUUUAAAAAUGGCCGAACUCGGCAACACGCGUGCACACUGCCAGUGCAGUAUUUGCUCCGGAAUACGAGGGACCGUCGAGCAGAUUUUUCGCGCGCUCAAGAUUUACGGAUGGAUGCUGGACGCCUACGUUGUGGAUUUUUUCGAAGACGACCUCUGGCAAAAGUUACCGAGCGUCUGGAGAAGCUUUCUCGACCAAUUGUCACCGGACGAGCUGGGAAGAUGGAUACUCGGCGAGUCGGAAAACAAAAAGGUCUGGCCGCUAUCGCUCUUGGCUCUUCGUCGCUUCAUCCAAGUCGCAGAAAUCGGCAGGGACCACAGAAAACCGUCCACCACCCUGAAAUGCUCGGCGUCGACGUGCAGAAUCGUCGAGGAAAAUCGAGAAGAGAAUCCAGCGAAGAAACAGAAGCUGGAAGAGAAAAAGCCAACGAUCACCGCCAAAGACGGGCAGUUCGACAACCUGUUCGGCAAGCACGUGAAGCAGAAGAAACGCUACGAAAUCAACGUCAUGUCAGAGAUAGCAGCAAACUCGGCGAAAAAAGCCAACUGCAACUGCAUCGUGGACAUCGGCUCGGGUAUGGGUCACUUGGCUCGUGUUUUAGCCUACAGACACGAGCUGUCGGUCACGUGCGUCGAGCAGAACCGAUCUUUACUCGACGGCGCCAGAAAAUGGGAUGAGCAAUUGUCGGCGUCGUUAGCGAAGCAUUUACCGGACUUUCGCGAAAGAAAGCCGCGGCACGUUUCUCUCCUGGUAGAAGCCUCCUCGGAAGCCCGGAGACAAUUAGCGGAUCAAUUGACGCGAGUUUUCGGCGAGGACGAGGAUAAUAACGAUACCGGUUUCGGAAUCGUCGGUUUGCAUCCCUGUGGCGACUUGGCCGCGUCCCUUCUGAGGCUCUACGCGAACGAGGAAAGCGCCAGGUUUAUCUGCAUCGUCGGCUGCUGUUAUAUGAAGCUGACGCUGAGCGAAACAGGAGCCGAGAUCGGCUACCCGAUGAGUCGACAUCUGCGAGCGAUGAACGAAAAUUGCCGAUUGUCUUACGCCGCUCUGGAGGUGGCCUGUCACGCUGUGGAGAAACACUGCGACAAAUUGAAGACGAACAAUUACAGCGAUUUAAUUGUUCACGCGUACCGGGCUGUUCUGGAAUGCCUGUUGCUGGAGAAAAAUCCGAGUCUGCGUCACACGCAGCUGAAGAACACGAAGCUCAAGGAUGGCACGAGUUUCGAAGAGUACUGCAAGGCAGCGACCGAGAACCUGGAAAUCAAAGAUCGUCCGACGGAUGCCGAUUUCGACAGGGAAGAGGUGAAGAGUCGUCUGCAACAAUGGAAGCGAGUUUUAACGUUCGGUUCCCUGCGGUUAUUACUCGCUUCCCUCGUGGAAACAUUAGUCCUGUUCGAUAGAUUUUUGUACCUGUCAGAGCUGAAUUUAUCGCCCUCGUUAAAGUCCGAGUUCGACGCGCGAGUUUCACCGCGAAAUAUUCUUCUCGUGUCUGUGAAAGAAAGGACUGCCGCUCGGGAAUAUAAAGUGGAGCGAUAAAUAAAAUGGAUAUUGUUAUGCAUGGGAAUUUCUCGUUGCUUAACUUUUUGUAAAAGCUCUUAUUCAUCCACUUGUUUUAUAACUAUUGACACAAUAAAAGGUUUAUAUACUUGUAA